AUGAAUUUCGGCGUCCUUGAAAUCGCGCCCUCAAAAUACGUUCCAGCCCCAGGCUACGCAUAUGUACCCGAUAUAUCCAACACGCCGCAAAUAGGAUUGCAGCCUUCAGCGCGACGCGCACGCGGCCCAGCCGGUGCGGGAUUAGGCGCGGAAACGACGAAGAAACAGGAUGCGAAGAUCUUGAGAGAGUUGGCGCAGUUGGAUAGGGAGAAUCAUAGGGAUGUUAAUAUACCCGUUACCGGGGGCGGGAGGGGAAGGGAGGGGGGAAGAGGAAACCAAUCCAAACUCACCCCCUCCGUCCGCAAAAUCCUCGCCUCGCAAAAAACAUUCGCAAACCAUCUCUCCGAUUUCGAAGCCCUCUCUUCUCUUCCCACUUCCACACCCAUCACCCAGCAACCCACCCCUACCCUCUCUACCCCCAAAGUCCCUCCCGCCCCCGGCUUCACCAGCACCGGAAAACGCAGCCACAAGAGAAAAGAACCGCUCCCCCCCGGCAUCGAACCCCCCAAGCGCAGCCACAAAAAAAAAGAUCCCAACGCCCCCGCGAUUUCGACUCCCUUACGCACGAUGAGCACACCGAUUAUCAAAUCCGAAGCAGAAACCACGGUUUCCGCACCCGCGGUAUCGACACAGACAGAAGCCACAUUCGCGCCGUUUCUGUGCUCGCUGCCGCCCCCGAAACCGCACCCGAGAGAUACCGAUCCGUUGCUUGUUUCGCGCGUGCCGAAUCUGCCGAGUGUGCAGGAGAUGCAGAGGUUGUUGGAGGUGCCGCCGUUGAGUUACAUGGAGGCGAGAGGCGGCUGGUCAGAUGAGGAUCGGAGGAAACCUGGGAGAGUGUUCUGUGAGGUGUGUGGCUAUUGGGGGAGAGUGAAGUGUAUGAGGUGUGGAGGGAGGGUGUGUGCGUUGGAAUGUCUGGGGACUCAUAAGGAAGAGUGUUUUAAUAGGUAUGGUGCUUAG